AUGGAUAACAUAAUCAGUAACUGCUCCUUUAACCGAUCGGAAUUACUACAAUCGGAAGAGGCUUUGAUCCCGCAGACCGUGCGGAUUGUAGUGAUCCUCGUGGUCUCUGUGACCGUGAUCCUCACGAACCUGCUCAAUUUGAUCGUGCUACAGAAAACACGACAGAUUCCGCCCAUCGCCAAGAUCUGCGUGCUCAACCUGAGUGUGGCCGACCUGUCGUCGGGUGUCGUCUGUAUGCUGCCCUGUUUGGUGCCGGCUGUGACCGGCUCCUGGCCGUACGGAACGAUCUGGUGUCAAAUCGCCGGGAUCUUCCACGGGACAUGUUGUUCUGUCUCAAUAUGGAGUCUAUCCGUGGUUAGCGUUGACAGGUACAUGGCUAUAAAGUUUCCUUUGCGGUACCACACCUUGAUGACACCUAGGCGCUGUGUGACUGCUCUGUUGGCUUUGUGGGGCCUUGGGGUCGGGACGUUUCUCUUGCCUAUCUUCAUCUCAGAAGAUCUGAUAUACUAUGAGUUCUCUCCCGCUACUGUGAUUUGCGGGAUGUACUGGGAAUACAGAUGGCUGUGUCUCGUCAGUGGAUUGUAUACCCCAUUACCGUCGGCUAUUACCAUAGUUUUCACGUCCAUAUCCGUCAUACGAGAGAUGGGAAUUCUGUCCAAAAUCCGGGUAAUACCUGCUGGUGGAGAAAGCAAUGCACAGAAACAGGACAUACGUGCCAUUAAUGUGCUCAGCGCUACUGCUUCCGUUUACUUCAUCGCGUGGGGCCCUUAUGUCGUAUCCGAGUUCACAUUAAUAUUCACAGAUAGUGUUACAAUCCCACCUGGUGUCCAGUUUUCGUUUAUGUGGCUGGCUAAUAGUAACAGUUUUAUGAAUGUCUUUAUCUACUCUAUGGUUUACAAAUCAUUCCGAGUGAAGACUGCCCAACUGAUCCGUUCAGUUUUACUCUGCAAGUUUCGUGGAUUUCAUGUCUCGGAAGAAAACAGUUCUCUCGAAAAUUAA